GCUCUCAAACUGAAAAAGGGAAGAGCUUUUACGACCAACUAUAAAGAAGGGGAAACAACGUGCCACGUAGCCUGCGGCCCACCUCAGCAUCCUCUUAUCACGGAAAGUAUUGAACUAACUGGGUUAGAAGCCAACUUCGGAAAUGCAGGCGGCAAGUCUGUUAUGCACCAACUCUUUCAACAACUACACACAUCAAUCUAUCAUCCAUAGCAGACAAAAUAAUUUCCCAUUUGGCCAAAAUGCGAAAUUCAUGUCCAAGAAGAAUCUGCAAUUAGGAAAACAUUGGAGACGUGUCUUAACCACUAGAGCUGGUGGACGAGAGGUAGAUUCAAUUAUUGAAAGGGAUGAUAAGUUGAGGAAAUUAACACAGGCUAUAUUGUGGACUGCUGAGGGUGUUUAUGUGUUGUGGCUCUUUUUACUUCCCUAUGCACCUGGGGACCCUGUGUGGGCAAUUAAUUCAGAAACAGUCAAUGAUCUAGUUGGUCUUUCCCUCAAUUUCUUCUUCAUCCUGCCUCUUUUGAAUGCUGGGGGUGUCCACUUGAUGGAGGCACCGGUGCUUCAUCCAAUGUCUGAAGGACUGUUCAAUUUUGUAAUUGGCUGGACUUUCAUGUUUGCUCCUUUACUGUUCACUGAUCGUAAGAGAGACAGAUUCAAAGGAUCACUAGAUCUUCUAUGGGGCUUCCAAAUGUUCCUCACAAACACAUUUUUAAUACCAUACAUGGCUAUUCGGCUAAAUAAGGUCGACUCAGAGUACCCUCCAAGAGAAACCUCUCAACUAGCUUCGAUCAUGACUCGUGGUGCAUCUAUUGUUGGACUGGUUGGUGGAGCUGCCUGUUUGCUAUCGACAUUUUGGGCCAUUUAUGGGAGAGGAGAUGGUGAUUUCGGGACUAUAUCUGAUAGAUUGGAGUUCUUGCGCAGCUAUCUAUCCUCUGAAAGACUUGCGUAUGCAUUCAUAUGGGAUAUUUGUCUCUACAUUAUAUUCCAACCUUGGUUGAUAGGAGACAACUUGCAAAACAUACAGGAAGAUAAGGUUGGCAUAGUGAGAUAUCUCAGAUAUGUUCCAGUUGUUGGCUUGGUUGCUUACUGCCUUUGUUUGGAUCCUGAAGAGGAAUACUAAAUAACAUAUAUAUGAUUUAAUGACUCAAUCCAUGUAUUUAAUACCUAUAUUUUUCAUGUUGAGAUGUUCU